UGAUUUUGCAAUGUAUACAAGACAGUGGGCUCAAAACAACCCACAAACAAUGACUUUGCUGUAGCUUGAAAACCCGUUUUAGGUUCAUAGAAUCAAACCUGCUCCGAGUCGUCAUGGGGAGAGCCUCGGUGCUGCUUACUGUCUUUGGGCUUCUGCUGGCUUUGACUGCAUCACUACCAAACAAGGAUGACUGGGACAUUUACAGCUUUCACAUCAACUCCACUGUGACCAGCCGAUAUGCCACCACCGUCAUCACAAGCCGUGUGGCCAACCGUAUGAAUGAACCAAAAGAAAUUGAAUUCCAUGUUCAGAUUCCCAAGAAUGCCUUCAUCAGUAGGUUCAGAAUGAUGAUGGAUGGUCAAGUGUAUGAUGGAGUUGUGAAAACUAAGGAGCAAGCUCAGGAGCAGUACACUAGAGCUGUGUCCCGUGGCCAAAGCGCUGGGAUUGUCCGCUCUGUUGGAAGAACCAUGGAGGAAUUUAAAACCUCUGUAACUGUGGCGGCCCACAAAAAGGUCACCUUUGAACUCACCUAUGAGGAGCUGCUGAAGCGAACCCACGGCAAAUACGAGCUGCAGAUCUAUGCUCGACCCAUGAAGCCUGUCGAAGACUUCAAGGCUGAUGUGCACAUUCACGAGAAAGCCGGCGUCAGUUUUGUUGAUGUGAAAGGAGGGCUGAGCACCAAAGCCUUGGCUAAUGCUAUCACUAAAACACAUGCAGAUAAACAGGCAUGGGUACAUUUCUAUCCAACAGUGGACCAACAAAAAAAUUGUGACAGCUGUGGAGAAGAAGGGAUGAAUGGAGAUCUGGUUAUAGCUUACGAUGUCAACAGAGACAAUGGAUUUGGAGACAUUAAGACUUCUGAUGGGUACUUUAUCCAUCACUUUGCUCCAUCAAGUCUUCCACGAAUACCAAAGAAUGUUGUCUUUGUUAUCGACCGAAGUGGCUCAAUGCAUGGCAGAAAAAUUACACAGACCCGAACUGCUUUACUCCGUAUUUUGAAUGACCUGGCAGAAGAUGACUUCUUUGGUCUCAUCAGUUUUGACGGGGAAAUAAUUCACUUUAAACGGGAACUCGUUCAAGCCACUGCUCUAAAUCUGGAGGGAGCGAGAGGGUUUGUGAGGAAUAUUGAAGACAGAGGAAGUACAGACAUCAACGCAGCAGUGUUGGAAGGAGCCCGUAUCUUGAAUGAACAUCCCAGAGAAGGCUCAGCUUCCAUCCUUAUACUUCUCACAGAUGGAGACCCAACAUCAGGAGUGACAAAUUUUGACACAAUACAGUCCAACGUAAAACAGGCGAUUGCAGGAAAAUUUCCUCUCUACUGUCUUGGUUUUGGAUUUGACGUUAAGUUUGAGUUCUUGGAGAAAAUGUCGCUGCAGAACAACGGUGUAGCAAGACGGAUUUAUGAAGACUCUGAUGCUGACUUGCAGCUUAAGGGUUUCUAUGAUGAAGUGGCCACUCCUCUCCUAACAGAUAUCACAAUGAUCUAUGUCGGUGGAACCAAUCUAACCAAGACUAACUUCAGUCAGUAUUAUAACGGCUCUGAGAUCGUGGUGGCCGGUGAGAUCAUUGACAACAAUGUAGAAAUCUUCACUCCUCAAGUUGUGGCCAUUUCAAGCAAACAAAAAGUAACAUUUUCUAACACAAACGGCUCUGUGGAUUCUUCGGUCAGUGAUGGACUUCUUCAGAGAGUUUGGGCCUACCUCACAGUUAAACAGCUUUUAGAGAAAGAGCUUUUAUUAUCUGGACCUGAGAAAGAAAAAGUGAAUAAAGAGGCUUUGGAGUUGUCCCUGACGUACGGCUUUGUCACCCCGCUCACAUCCAUGGUGGUCACCAAGCCUGAGGGGGAGAGCUCAGAAAUUCAUCACAAACCAAAGGAGAGGGAAGAACCACUGCCUCAGACUCUUCACAGGUCUCCGAUGAGGAGCUAUGAUCAGCGUCGGAGAUUUAUCAAGUCGUUUUCGGGAGGAUCUGCCUCAUUAAGGCCUCGGACAGGGACACCGUUUGAAUGGAAACCGUUUGUAUAUGGUGAUUCUUCUACAAGACGUUACAGAUACCCUCCACUUGCUCCUGUUUCUCACAGAUUUUUGAUGAAAACUGUGAAUGACACUUAUCCACUCUGCUUUGACAUUAUCGGAGCUGUAAUUGUUAAACUUCUUCAUCAUCCCGGCACAGAGCUUUACAUAAAUGGUGUGUUAGACUCAAUAAAAAAUGGUGGCUUCAAUGAGAUCGUCAUGCACGUCGGCGCUGACUUCCAUAUAAAGGUGGAACCAGAGAGAAUCAGCCUUCAACAGGGACAAAAUAUAACUCACUACACAAGAGCGGAAAACGUCACAGCUGGAAGAUUUACAGUGAACAGGAGUAAAAAGCAAACAGAAGUUACAGAUGGCGACAUGCGUUUGGUCAUCUUAGUCCAUGAGAAGCAUAGGAGGAAAUUCCUUUGGCCUGUUUUAAGACAGCUGCCAUCUGCUGGCGACACUGAAGGACUUUUAGCUUUAAAUCGUGUGCAGUAUGAAGAGGUUCAUCAAGAUGCUCACACUAAAGUGAAGACAGCAAAAGGAGAGACUGAUGCUCAGCGUUCCACAGCUGUUGACCUCAGGAUUAGGAGACCCGUAGAAGUCGGCUGUUGGCUUAUUCCUGCUGACUUUGUCCUGCCAAGACCUUUGACUGAUUUUGUUGUUGCCCAUGUUUAACUGAAAGUCAUGAUAAUUAAAUCAGAAAAAUUGCAAGUUACAACUUAAUCCAAAAAAACAAGUCAAGGUAGGUUUAAUUUACCAUGUUAAAAUGCACAGAACAUAGCAGAAUUGAUACAAAAUUACAAUUAACAAUUAGUCUGAAAAAUUAUUUAUUUUGUAAUUAAGAAGUUAUCACAUAUUUCAAAUACAUAUUUUGUAACGAUCAAAAAUAGGAUUCAUUUGCAGUCGAAUAAAUACUUAACGAUCAUAUUUUUUCAACAUCGCACCAUGGUUUAGUGAUCAACGAUUACUUAGAGAAAGAAAUGAUGGCCAAAAUACAACAAAAACACUACUUGAGCAAAUAUUUUAUGGCUAGAGAUGAACAUACAAAAUAUUAAUUAAGCUUCUGACAGGGUGAGCUUUAAUUAAUAACUUACGGUCUCUGUAAAGUUUAGAGACAGCAUAAUUUUGAGGUAUAAUGUCUAAGGCAAACAUCCGCCAAGUUUGGAAGAACAAGGACAGUUCAGGAGGGAUAAUAAAAGGAAAACUUUGUUAUGUCCUCAAUUUCUUACAACAAAAAACUGCUUUGUCAUAAGAAUCAAAACUACUUUGAUCUAGAACUUGUAUGUGUCAUGUUUUUUUAACCUAUUAUUCUUAUAGUUCUACAGUUCAAUGGUUUGCUCAGCUGACAGAGAAUCUAAACACAGAUGUUGUCUGUCCUGAAUACUGUUCUGUGAAUAAGGGAAAGCAUUUAUUAGUUUUUAUAGCUCUAGUCAUUAAAUGGUUUCCCAUGUUUGAGAGCAUCAGAAUCAAACUGGACAUUAGGCUCCAAAAUGAAAUCCUUGAGUGAUGCUGAGCACAUCAAGGCAUGGGAGAGAAACAAGUCAAAGGUUGGCAGGAGCAAAAGCUAGACCACAAAACAUCUGGAGCACAAAUAUAAAAACACAACCAUACUGAACUGGUUGUUUUCAGUAUGGUUGAUUCACUGAUUGGAUCAGUGCCAUUCAAUCUGCCACUGACUGGAUGAGGAGAAUGUCUUCAUAGAUUAAUUUUCAGGUCUUUUACUUGCUUCUGAGUUUAAGAGGCCAGCUGUGCUCCCUGAGGUUGCAGCUUCCUGGAGAGAAAAAUGUCAUCCAGCCUGAUGAGCCAAUCACAAAUGGACUUUUGUAAGAAUGUGGCUGUAUGUGUGCAUUAGACUACCAAUAAAAGAACAGAAUCAAUAAAUUAA